AUGCGGCGGGGCGCGCUCCUGGCUAGCGCCCUGGCCGCCUACGCCGGGUACCUGGCGCUGGGCGCGCUGCUUGUGGCGCGGCUGGAGCGGCCUCACGAAGCCCGGCUGCGGGCAGAGCUGGGGACGCUGCGGGAGCAGCUGCUGCGGCACAGCCCGUGCGUGGCGGCUCACGCCCUGGACGCCUUCGUGGAGCGGGUGCUGGCGGCCGGACGGCUGGGGCGCGCAGCGCUCGCCAACGCCUCCGGAGCUGCCAACGCUUCGGACCCUGCGUGGGACUUCGCCUCGGCGCUCUUCUUCGCCAGCACGCUAGUCACCACCGUGGGCUAUGGCUACACCACCCCACUGACAGAUGCUGGCAAAGCCUUCUCCAUCGUCUUUGCACUCCUGGGAGUGCCUAUCACCAUGCUACUUCUGACCGCCUCAGCCCAGCGCCUGUCACUGCUGCUCACCCACGCACCCCUGUCCUGGCUGAGCCUGCACUGGGGCUGGCCCCCGCAGCGGGCAGCCCGCUGGCACCUGGUGGCCCUGCUGAUGGUCAUAGUGGCUAUAUUCUUCCUGGUACCGGCUGCAGUCUUCGCCUACCUUGAGGAGGCCUGGAGCUUUCUGGAUGCUUUCUAUUUCUGUUUCAUCUCUCUGUCCACCAUUGGCCUGGGGGACUAUGUACCUGGGGAAGCCCCGGGCCAGCCUUACCGGGCCCUCUACAAGGUGCUUGUCACAGCAUACCUCUUCCUGGGCCUGGUUGCUAUGGUGCUCGUGUUGCAGACCUUCCGCCGCGUUUCCGACCUCCAUGGCCUCACUGAACUCAUCUUGCUGCCCGAUCCGGACCCUGCCAGCCUCAGCCAGGAUGAGGAUGAUCAGGUGGACGUUCUGGAUGCCCGGACAGAUCUGCAUCAGCACCUCUCUGCGGCCUCCCACUCUAACUACGCCUCCAUUCCCAGGUAGCUGUCGCCCUGGACACACCCUGCACACCUGGCCUGGGCUUUGGGCCCCAUGUGACUAGAUCGACUGGAAUGCCCACGCACAGGCUCCUGUCUUUUCACGUAGCUCCACUGGGAGGUGAGGAGUAGCCGCUCUGCUCCUAUGUCCUCCAUAUGUCUCAGGGCACUGACACAGUCAUUUUCUCCUCCUUCCUUUUCUCCCAUUUCUUCUCAGACUCUGACCCCUUGGACUUUCUGACUUUGUUGUUGAGAGUGGUUUAUACGAUUUGUUUCGUUUUGUUCUCGUUUUUCUGUCUCCACUUUCUUGCAUAGCACACCCAGUUCUUCUGGGCUCUGGGCCUGGACUCCACUUCAGCCUCUGUAUUAGUGGCUUUGUCUUGGCCAAAUGAUUUCCCCAUUCUGAACCUUGAUAUCCUCCUCAGCCAUAAGAUGCAAAGAAUAUUCAAACUCAUCCGCAGACCUUCACUUCUGCCAUGCUUUUCUGUGCUAGGCACUCAGUAAUAGUAGAUGUGACUUGAGUUCCACUCUUACUGGGGUGUCCAGCCAGUGAGGUAAACUGACUGACUUGUCCCUUGACGGUGACAAACUCCAGUGGGCACUGGAAGAGGCAGAGCGGUCAGGACUGAGAAGUAGACCUGAAAUGUCCAGGUGGGCUUUCCUGGAAAAUGGGACAAGAACUAACCCAAGACCUACCAGUCAAGAGAAGAAACUCCCUUCUUUUCAGGUGUCUAUGGGCCAUAGGGCCUGUGGGAAGAGGCCAGCAAGGGGCCAGCAUCUCCCUCAGUGACUUAACAGGCAAGGAACUGACCCAGGAUAUGAGCCCAGAUCCAAGUGUCAUGAGAGGGUUAACUUAGCAUGGCCCCACGGUGAUGCUCUGUGUACCGGGGCACUGACUGGUGGCCUUCCUGGGUAUGCCCUGUAACUGGGCCAUAUUUUGCCAAUGCAUUUUGACAGUCACUCUACCUUUGGGACUCUGUGUCUGCUAAAUGGUGACUAUAAUACUACUAUAAAAGAUGACAUGAACCAGGUGCAGUGGCUACGGUAGUAGUAGGCUGUCUGUAAUCUGACCUGAGGAAGGAGGCUUGAGAGUUCAGAGGCAGGAUGGGGUGCACAGCAGGAACCAGGUGA